AAGGAGUCAAACCAACCACUGUGCACCCCGCAUUCGCACAGCAUAGGCUACGACGACAACACACGACAUGAUAUCACUCGGAUCGGUACGCUCGGCCGUAUGCUUGGGACUUUAUGCAGUGGCAUAAGCAAUUCCCAAUCGUGCAGAUCGCUAACGGAAACGAACGCAAACGCAGUUAGAAAUAUUUUGUCGCUCAUUUAAUACACGGAUCAAUGGAUAUACUGAACCGUUGUUCAUGAUGGAGCGCGGUCGGGAGAAUGAGCCGAUUUAAGUGAAAAAAUUAUCUUAAAAAUACUCAGUGAGAAAAAUAAAAAUUUUCUACAUACGCAAAAAACCUCAAAUGCGACGGUAAACGAACGCAGUGUGUUACAACAAAUUUAUUGAAUUUAUGUAUGUGCGAAAAUUGACGCAUUGGAAUAGUGCAGAAAUUACUCAAACCGAAAUUUAAACGUUUGCGAAAGUGUUUUACUGCAGUGUUUUUGUUGUGAUUAAAAAAAGUUAAAUAGGUGCUCAAAACAAAUACGCGCUCUCACUUUUGGCGUACCCGCGUAACCGAUAUCACGCACUUAGAAGUUUAGCCACCGCGCUUCCACUUCUAUUCUCCGAAAAAGCUUUCAAAAUGAUGAUGAAUGCGUUCAUCGACCCUACGCCGUCGCAGCACCACCUGGCCUCCUAUGGACUGCGUAUGUCACCAACUACACCCAGCAAUCAGUCGGAUUUACUGGGCAGCAGCGCACAGCAGCAACAUGCGCAGCAGCAGCAACAACAGGUGCAACAACAAGUGCAACAACAACAGCAACAACAACAAGCACAACAGCAACAGCAAGCUCAACAGCAACAGGCGCAGCAAUUGGACACCAGCGGUCUGAUGUCCUCAGCCAUGUCGCUGGGCGCCAGCGUUAGCGAUAUGUCUUCGCCUGUGAGCGCCUCCGUUGCAAGCGCCGCCGCCUAUCAGAAUAGCGGUUACGGCCACUUCAAUACACAACUUGGUACGGCAUAUUCAUCGCCGCGAGAUUUUUUGCUUGGCAGGCGCGCGGACAACGAUUACAUGACCGGCGCCACCACCACGCAGCUGGUUGGCCAAGGUGCCGCUACCACGGCCGCAACCGCAGACUCUAUGCUGUUCUCCUCCUUUCCUGCCACACAUGCACAACAUCCCGACCUGACCACGUCCUUCGGCAAUCACCCUUUCCAUGCGGCGGCACAUCAUCAUGCGGCUGCAGCGCAUCACCAUCAACAUCAGAUGCGCAUGGGCAUGGCCGACUACGCGCACCCAUAUGCACAUCACGCACAGCACCACACCAACUUUCCGACGGUUCAUCACCAUCAACAUCCCGCCAUGUCCAUGCAUCCGGCGGGUGCGGGCGCUUUUCUGCGCUAUAUGCGACACCAACCGUCGGCAGCGUCGGCCAUCAAGCAGGAGAUGCAAUGCCUUUGGGUGGAUCCCGAUCAGCCGGGCGGCCCAAAUGGACGCAAGACUUGCAACAAAAUCUUCCAUACCAUGCAUGACAUCGUUACACAUCUGACGGUGGAGCACGUCGGCGGACCGGAGUGCACUACACACGCCUGCUACUGGAUUGGAUGCUCGCGCAACGGGCGCCCCUUCAAGGCCAAAUACAAGCUGGUCAAUCAUAUACGCGUGCACACGGGCGAAAAGCCAUUCGCCUGCCCACAUCCAGGCUGCGGCAAGGUGUUCGCGCGCAGCGAGAAUCUCAAAAUUCACAAGAGGACACAUACAGGCGAGAAACCGUUCAAAUGUGAACAUGAGGGCUGUGAUCGCCGCUUCGCUAACUCCUCGGAUCGCAAGAAGCACUCGCACGUGCACACAUCCGACAAACCGUACAACUGUCGCAUCAAUGGCUGUGAUAAAUCUUAUACUCAUCCCUCGUCACUGCGUAAACACAUGAAGGUACACGGCAACUUAGAUGAGAAAUCACCCUCACAUGGGUACGAAAGCGACGGCGAUGAAUCCUCUUCCUCCAGCAUUGUUACCGGUGGCGCACAAACGCCACCGUCUGCACGCUUAACCUCCGAUAACAACAAUGGCAUCGGUAACAAAUCUUCACCGCACUCCAUCAAAUCGGAACCGAGCAAUCACAGCAUUGGUGGCAUGCAUAGCGUCAUCCAUUUGGGUGCAUCUAGCGGAGGCAGCAGCUCUACUAGCAGUUCACAUCUACAUCACACUCAUUCGCAUCACACUUCCAUCGGCGGUGGCGGCGUCAACAGCAGCAAUGGUGGCGCAAGUAACAGUAAUAGCAACAACCAUUCAACUAAAUCACCAGCUCUUCAAUUGAUGGCCUCCUCAGCAGCUGCUUACUUGGCACCGCCGCUCGGACCACCACCAUCACUCACGGCCGCCGGCACGCAUCAUCAUCAUCACCAGCAGGCAGGUUCACCAAGCAGCAGUAAUGCCUCUGCCGCUUCAAUGCUUGUCACCGGUCAUCAUAAUCAUCAUCUGCUCUAUCAUCCGGCCGCACAACAUCAUCCGCCCAGUGAGUGGUAUCACACAGCAACACCGCCGGCAGCCGCUGAUGCGAUGAAUCCGCUCAAUCAUUUCGGUCAUCAUCAUCAUCAUCACCAUCUAAUGCAUCCAGGUGCGGCGACUGCUUAUUGAAAUUGGUGAAGUAGUCAAGAGCGGGAGGGGAAGGGGGGCAGGAAAAGAAUAACACGAAGAUACUUGAGGCUCACUUGCCUGUGAGUUGCACCUAUUGUGGUAUCCACGGGAGUUUGAGGCAAGUUUGGAGAAAGUUUGUUGUCUGCCGGCGGCUACUUACUGUAAUGCGAAGAAUGUGCCGCAAUUAUUUGACUUUCAGUCAAAGCAUUGGGAAUUAAGCCAAAUAACUGUUACGCAACAUACUCACACCCGCUCGUACAUAUAUACAGAAGAAGUGCAUACAUUGAAGCAUUAGACAUGCACGUCAUUUUUACCUGAUCUUUUAACUUAGUCUGGGGUAUUCAGUUGUGAGAAAGAGAGCUGCAACUGCAAUACAAACAGAAAAUGCAAUAAUUUACUUUUUAUUAAUUAAAACAAGCUGUUUUUAAUGUUUCUAUUUAGUUAAAAAAAGUUUAAAAUGUAUUGUAUUAAAGUGUAUAUUUCAAAAUCUUUAUUCAACCACAUUUGAAGCAUUAAAUAUAACCUCACAAAAAAAGGUAUUUAAAUCUUCAAAUUCUUUAGUUUCGCACAUCGUUUUAGUUGAAAGCUUGGAACAUUCUUUUUACGUAAGUUCGAAAUGGCUGCAAAAACAAUCGUGUUGGGAAAAUAAACAUUGCUUGACUUUCAAAAAAGGCUUUUUAGUACAAAUUCAUUAAAUAAAUACAUAAAAAACUAAAACUCUGAAGUAGAAUUUGUUAACAUUUCACAUGUAAAAAUUGAAAAUUGUGCCGCAUUUCAAAUUUGUAAUUAUACCCGCCUCCCUGGUGCUUUGCAUAGAGAAAUUCACCUAUAAGAUGUAAGAAAUAACUUUCUUGAAUAGAGUUGCUACUUUUCGACGCAGUGAAAUAAACAAAAACCCAAUAAAGAUAUUAAACUUGCAAACUUUAAAGUUAAAUCGAGCGAACUUAAAACGGCUAAUAAAAUAUCAGAUAAACUAAUUAAAAUGCAAAUAAUAAUACUCAAGAAAGUGGCGCAAAGUCAAAGCAAAGCGAGAAUCUCUAAAUGUACAUCUACAUACAUACAUAAUACAAAACCAAAUAGUGCCUGCUGUUCCCAAUAACAAAAAUAUCUGCUGAGCCAUUUUUAUUUAUGUAUUUUAUUGUAUUGUAUAUAUGUAUGUAUUUAAAGGCAGAGAAAUAAUAGUAAAGAAGUAUAAACUAAAGCAUAAAAGAACUAAACUCAAACUAAAAUUGCUACUAAUCAAAUACUCAACAUGCAAAGAAUCAACGCACUCCUCUACGCCUCUCCGAAGCGACACUGCGUGCGCUCAGCUGACAAGCCAAACAAUGCAGCGCGCCCCUCUCCACAUUCAGCCUGUGCGUGUACGAGCAACUGCAAGUAUUGCCGCGCUUGUCUGGCGUGCGCUUAUUCGACUUAGUACUUAGUUUUCGACACUCAUUACCUCCACAACAACAAAACAAAAAUAAGAAUAAGUCACAAAUAACAAAUAACAAGCAAACUUAAUAAAUAUUACUAUAUUAAUUAUUUAACUCAUUAAAUCCAAAAAUUGUUGUAAUAUUGUAAAUAAUUUUGUAUGUAUGUAUUGGAAUGCCGUUAAAAAAUGUAUAUGUAUGUAGAAUGAAGUAAAGAAUUUAUUUUAAAGGCAUGUUAACUGACAUUAACCUUAAAAUAUGUGCGUCUCUAAAUAAAAAAUAAAAUGAUAUAUGUACAUACGCACAUACAUACAUACAUACAUAUGUAAUUAAGAACUAUUUAAUUUCCAUAAAUUGAAUUGUCACCAACAAAAUUCUAAUUAAUUGCAUCAAAUACCGUUUGGUAAUUAUUUUUUCAGUUUCUUUUCAUUAACUAAAUAAUUUGUGUUUGUUUCUUUUUUGAGUUCACUUAAUAUAAGCUUCAAAUAAUUCGAAAAUAGUUAAUAAUAAUGUAUUAAUUGUAUUCUAUAUAAAUUGUAUUAAUUUAAAUUGUUUGUAUUUACGCUAAUUAAUCUUCCAUUUCAAAUCACACCCCAUCAUAUGCACAUGCUCGUAUACUCAAAUACAUAUACACAUAUACUGUAAUUAUAAAUAAAUAGUGAAAUUCCCACACAACACACAUGAGAUAGCAGAUGAGUAGAGGUGGUUAGUUGAAGAGCCACUGCAUAGAACUGUAAGAGUGUACACCCGCAUACAGCCACAAACAUACACACACGUGCAUUCAUAAAUCUAUUCACAUUAACACGAAACAUAAUGGAAUACAUACAUACUUACAUGCUAAAUAAAUGAAUAACUACAAUAAUUAAAAAGAGAAAGAGCGUGGUAGAAUGAUAGAAGCGAAAAUUUAUUAUACUCAUUAUGUGAAUUGCAAAUGUUUAAGAGCUAAAAUUAAAUUACAAAAAAUAAAAGAAUAUGUUAAGCCAUGAAUAAUUCUUUAAAAAAAAUAAAAAUUCAUUGAGUAAAUAAAUUAUUAAUUCCAAAUGCAACACA